AUGGCUGAAACUCGGUCUUCUAUUAGAAAUUUGGAGACCCAAAUGGGACAAUUGGCUACUCUCAUGGCUAAUCGUGCCCAAGGUAACUUGCCUAGCACCACUGAAGUCAAUCCGAAAGAGAAUUGCAAGGCAAUCACGUUAAGAAGUGGGAAGAAUUAUGUGGGACCAAGUGAGAAGCAGCCAGUUGAAGAAGUGGGUCAGGAUCAACAGGCACAGGCACCGACACAAAAGGAAAAGAAGCACAGUGAGAAGAAGGCUACUGAAGGCAUACCAACAAAAGAAGCUUCGCCACCAAUUAGUAUUGAGCAUCACAUAAAGAUUCCCUACCCCCAAAGGCUCCGUAAGAACAACAUGGACAAGCAGUUUACUAAAUUCCUGGAAGUAUUCAAGAAACUACACAUCAACAUUCCAUUUGCGGAGGCCUUAGAGAAAAUGCCGAGCUAUGUCAAGUUCAUGAAGGACAUCUUGUCCAAGAAGAGGAAGAUGGAGGAUUUUGAAACUGUGGCAUUGACAGAAGAGUGUAGUGCUAUACUGCAAAAGAAGCUCCCUCCUAAACUGAGAGAUCCUGGGAUUUUCAAGAGAUUGCAACUUGGUGAAGCCAAGCCCACAACUGUAACUUUGCAACUAACUGAUCGUUCGUUGGCACAUCCAAGAGGGGUAAUUGAAGAUGUCCUUGUCAAAGUAGACAAGUUUAUUUUUCCUGCCGAUUUCAUAGUUCUUGACAUGGAAGAGGAUAGCAAUGUUCCCAUUAUCCUUGGGAGACCCUUCUUGGCAACAGGCCAAGCACUUAUAGAUGUUCAGAAGGGUGAGUUGAAGUUGUGA